CAUCUUUAAGGAGGCGGGGCUCUGCCCGGAGGAGGCGGGGAAGUUCCCGCUCCCCGGAUCUCUGGCUUCCGGCAACUCGGCGGGACGGAAGGGCCAGGCGAACCUGUCCGGCCUAGGAGUCCCGGGGCUGCUCGCGAGGUGAGGCGUCUACGUGUACGAGACCAGUGCUCGGGCCGCUGCCGCACAGCUCCUAGCCCUAAAAUUUGCCGUUGCUUCGCGGUGUCCCUGGCUGUAGCGUCGCCUCCAAAGCUGCCUGGCAGUGUGCGAAGCUCCUCCCAUAUGGUGUGUCCUUUAAUGGCUCCUGCACUGUGUUGAGUAGGUGCCGCUAUGAACCCGUUUUACAGAUGAGGAAGCUGAGGCCCAGAGGAGCGCCCACACAGCAGAGAAGGAACAGAAUCGGAAAUAAAACCCAGGUCUCGAACUUGCAGCAAUCCUCCUGCUUCAGCCUUCUGAGUGCUGGGAUCAUAGGCGUGUGCCACCUCACCUGGCAGUUUUAUAACAGUUUCAUAUGUAGACCUAUCAAAUCCUACCGACAAAGGUGCCAAAGACCCCUGCACAUUUUCUUCCUCCUAAUUGGGAGAAGACCCACUGGCUGAAUGGCAGCUGUGGAUAACUUGCGAUUUGAAGAAUUUGGAGAUGCAUCCACUUCUCAAGCAACAAACCCAGAUGCCACCACGAUAAGCAUUGAGGAUCCUGGUGAAACCCCAAAACAUCAUCCAGGACCUGCAAGAGGCUCAGGGAGAGAAGAGGAUGAUGAAUUACUGGGAAAUGAUGACUCUGACAAAACUGAGUUACUUGCUGGACAGAAGAAAAGCUCUCCCUUUUGGACAUUUGAGUAUUAUCAAACGUUCUUUGAUGUGGACACUUAUCAGGUCUUUGACCGAAUAAAAGGGUCUCUUUUGCCAAUACCCGGGAAAAACUUUGUGAGGUUAUAUAUCCGCAGCAAUCCAGAUCUCUAUGGGCCCUUUUGGAUAUGUGCCACAUUGGUCUUUGCCAUAGCAAUUAGUGGGAAUCUUUCCAACUUCUUAAUCCAUCUGGGAGAGAAGACAUACCAUUAUGUGCCCGAAUUCCAAAAAGUGUCCAUAGCAGCGACAGUCAUCUAUGCCUAUUCCUGGCUGGUUCCUCUUGCUCUCUGGGGUUUUCUCAUGUGGAGAAACAGCAAGGUUAUGAACAUCGUUUCCUAUUCGUUUCUGGAGAUUGUGUGCGUCUAUGGCUAUUCACUCUUCAUUUAUAUCCCCACAGCAAUACUGUGGAUUAUCCCCCAGAAAGCAGUUCGUUGGAUUCUAGUCAUGAUUGCCCUCGGCAUCUCAGGCUCUGUCUUGGCGAUGACAUUCUGGCCAGCUGUUCGCGAGGAUAACCGGCGCAUUGCGAUGGCCACAAUCGUCACGAUUGUGUUGCUUCACAUGCUUCUUUCUGUAGGCUGCUUGGCCUACUUUUUUGAUGCACCAGAGAUGGACCACCUCCCAACAGCUACAGCUACUCCUAACCAAACUGUUGCAGCAGCCAAGUUCAGCUAAGGAGAAAAUUCUCUUUCAUAUACUGGGGAGCUUGGUUCUUCUGGACCUGGCAUCUGCUGCAGGAAAGCAAUGGCCAAAGCCAGCAGGAAAUGGACAGAUGGCUCUGCACUGAAGCUCAUCACCUAUUAAUAAACAAAUUAAAUGCUGGCCUAGGUGUGGCUCAGUGGUAGAGCACUUACCUAGCAUGCCUGAGGCUCUGGGUUUCAUUCUCCAG